AUGAGCGCAGACACCUCGCCCAAGAAGGCCAAGACCGAGGAGUCCGAGGGGCCCUGUCCAUACAAGGUUGUUGUGCUCGACAUCGAGGGCACGACAACAUCCAUCUCGUUUGUUCACGAUGUGCUUUUUCCGUACGUCAAGAACUCGGUUUACGAGUUUCUCGUCGAGCACUGGGGAAGUCCCGAGCUGGAGCAGAAGAUCGAGGCUCUGCGCGCCCAGGCAAAGAUCGAUGUCGAGGCCAAGGUUGAGGGUGCCGAAGAGAUUCUGCCAACCACUGCGCCUGCCCUUGACAUCAUCAAGUCGGUUGCCCACUGCAUCCGAUGGCAGAUGAGUAUCGACCGCAAGAUCGGCCCGCUCAAGUCCUUCCAGGGCUUUGUCUGGCGUGAGGCUUAUCAAGGUGGCAAGGUCCAGGGCCAUGUCUACAACGAUGUCGAGCCGGCCCUGGAGAGAUGGAUCCGCCGCGGAUGCAGCGUCUACAUCUACUCUUCUGGCAGUGUCGAGGCUCAGAAGUUGCUCUUUGGUUACUCCGAGAAGGGCGACAUGCUCAAGUACUUCAAAGGCCACUUCGACACCGCCAUUGGCCUCAAAGUCGAGAAGGAAAGCUACUCCAAGAUCGCGGCCGAGAUUGGCGAGGAUCCACAAAGCAUUUUGUUCGUCAGCGACAAUGUCAAGGAGAUCCGUGCGGCCCUGCUGGCUGGUUUCAAGACCGCCAUCACCGACCGCCCCGGCAAUGCGCCGAUCGAGCCUGCUCCAUCGAAGCACCCCCGAUCGGCCCGCAUUGUCUCGGUCCAGCUCGAGGAUACGAGUGUCCCUGUUGUCAAGACCUUCGAUGCCAUCUUCGACCGCGAAGCCGAGUACCGUCCCUCCGAGGAUCACCAGGCCUGA